AUUCGUCACUACUAGGUAUCCUACAAAGCUUGGCGCUGUUGCUUUCUUGUUCUUUGAACGAGAUGAAGAUGAAAGAUAAGAGCCCCAGGCUAUCCAACUGCAAUGAGACAAGCUGCUGCUGUGAGACUGUCGAGCGAGUUGAUUGUAGAGCAAAGACUGGGGCGUGGUACAACCAACACCUGAACGUCCAAUAUAGCUCGCAUUGACUUUUUCUGGAGUGUGAAACAGGAGAAACUGAGCAGGUGACCGUUAAGAAGGUAGCGCUGACCGCCAAUUCUGGGUGCGCUGAGAAUACUUUGUCAAAAAGAACCUCAACUCCAAGGAUGAGAAAAAGGGAGCGGGAAAACCCGUGCUUUGUGUGCGGUCACUACCACAAGUAUGAUGAGGGUGAGCCGUGCGGAAUCUGCGGCCACCGAGCGGUGGACCCCUCAGAAAGAGGCGAACGGCAGAGCGCUUUCUCAGCAGAGAUCCUGCCAUCGUUUCUGUACCUAGGCAGUUAUGACAACGCCUCCCGAGCAGAGAUUCUCAAGGCUCAGGGGAUCAGUCACAUACUCAAUACAGUAGCCGCUUGCCAAAACUUGUACAAAAACUCGUUCACAUAUCACACGUUGAAAGAGGGCGACGCGCUCGACUUUGACGAGUGCUUCGAAUUCAUUGAAUCGGCUAGGCGAGAAGAAAAGAAGAUUCUAGUUCACUGCAUGUCUGGGGCAAACCGGUCACCCUCUUUGGUCAUUGCGUACCUGAUGCGGCACAAAGGCUGGCGAUUGCCCGAGAGUUAUCAAUGGGUGAAGGACCGGAAACCGGGCGUCAAUAUCUCCCCAGCUAUGGCGGGCCAGCUUCAGAAUUACGAAGUCAAAGUCCAUGGUCCCGUCCAAACCCCCCUCCUCAGCAGUCCGACGGGUGGCGUCUCCUUCGGCUUCGGCUUUCCGUCGUUCUCCCCCCCGCAAGCGCCAGCCACGCUCAGUUUUUCCACCUCGCCCGCGCAACAAGGAUCCCCAUUGUCGUUCGGUGUCCCGGCCGGGGGCCCAUUUGUGUUUGGUGCAGGGCAGCAGAGUUCCCCAGGUGCAGAUAGGAUGGACAGCUCGUAGUAUAUUAGAAGACUGACUAAACGAGGGGACGUGAAGUGCUCUGCGUACUAUCAAGCUAGAACUAGCCAUUGUUUCCUUCCCUAAAGGAAACCCCGCCGUUGAUAAGACGUGUGCUCAUCAUAUU